UUGAUCUCCAAGUGCAAGUAACAACGUGUUUUCAUAAACAAGCCGUGUAAUUUUUAAAUAAAAUUAACUGCAAAAAAAUAAUUAAAGAACAAAGUCGCAGAGAUUUCAAUGCAUUUUACAAAAUGAGGAAAUCAUCGAUUUUAUUGUUAACCGUUGUUGCAGUUCUGGCCAUUUAUGGCGGUCAUGCCAAAGCUAGUAUUAUACCAUUACAUGGAGGUUUAGUUGUUCUGCAGCAACAUGGAGGUCCAGAUGCUUCUGCUGCAAUAGCAGCCGCCGCUGAAGCAGCUCAAAAUGUUGCCAAUAGUGUGCAAGAAGCCGGCAAUCAGGCCGUUGCUCAAGCUCAAGUAGCUGCCGAUGCUGCUGGUGUGAAUGCUCAAGCUAUUGUAGAUGCCGCCCAAGCUGCGAACGAGAGAGUGGCAGCUGCAGCUGAAGCCCAAGCUGCAGCCAAUGCUGCUGCUAUUGCUAAUGCCCAAGCUGCCGCCGAGGCCCUAGCCGCUGCUAAUGCUGAAGCCGCUGCAAAUGCACAGGCUACUGCUAAUGCUCAGGCUGCUGCUGCUAAUGCCCAAGCCGCUGCCAAUGCUCAGGCUGCUGUUGAUGCUGCAGCUGCUGCUAAUGCUCAAGCUGCUGCCGCUGCUAAUGCUCAAGCUCUGGCAAAUGCUCAGGCUGCCGCUAAUGCUCAGGCUGCCGCUGCUAAUGCCCAAGCUGCUGCCAAUGCUCAAAUCGCUGCUGCUGCGAAUGCUCAAGCUCUUGCCGCUGCUAACGCCCAUGCUCAUGCCCAUGUCGCUGCUGCUAUACAUCACGGCUGGUAGUAAACAUCCAAAAUGUAUCUACUUACGUUAUAGAACUACAAACGGAUUGACUAACUUACAAUACACCGCCAUUACACCAUGCUGAAGGGUAUCAAAAGAAUACUUGUGUACACGAUGAGAAAAAUAGAAAAAAAUAGAAAUAAAGUUGUGAAUAGUAAAGAGAAA